UGGUGCAAAUCAAGCUGAAGAUUUUUUACCAACCAUUGCCAUAAAAUAUAAACUUUCUGAAAAGCUUCAUGCAAGUCCCUACUGUCGAAUUAAGUGCUUUAAUGUUUUAGUACUGCAAGAUGUGUGCAGGACUAACGUCUGCGUAAAAUCUCAAAACAUCCCGGACAGAGUUUUAGUGCAGCCAGUAGUUAACUUCCCCACUAGUUUACCUGUCCAUAGUGAGCAGCCCAGUGCAUGGGGGUCCAUCCGUAGCAGGAGUCUUCAGCGGUCAGAUGAGCCCGGUUCGGGAGCUGCUGAGACAGGGAGACCAAAGCGCCAACAUCUCCGUCCCGACAUGCGCGGUGGAGGGGGAACCGGCUGUUGAACACCGCGUCGCUGGAGAAGUCGGGCUGUUGUCCCGCAGACAUGAGUGAGCUGUGAGCAGCGGCAGACGGCGACGUUUCCCUCCCGUGUUCCCGGUCCGGUCUACAAAGCAGGUUGAAUAAAAAAAAAAAAAGGUUCAAACACAAAGGAAGAGGAGAUAAGCCUCUCUGUGCCCGGCGGACAGCUGCAAAACCCGGACUGGAGUCUGGCGAGCAAGACAAGUCGAGCCCUUUCAUCUGACAGGAAAAGUAAAAAUCAACAAGUACAAGAAGACAACAAUCAGACCGACCACAAGAUGUCAGCGUCCUUAUUAGGCGGGAAAUCGCUGGCUCUGGGUCACGGGGCACAGGUAAAGACACAGGAUGAGUUUGUCAGAGUGAGGAAAAGAGAUUUAGAGAAGUUAACCACAGAAGUCAUGCAGCUGAGGGAGUUCCUGCCCAGAGUUCUGAAUGGGGACCUGAUUGAAAUGCUGCACAAAGCUCGAGCAGCUCAGACAAUGAGGGAGCGCCUUGCGGUGGAACAAGAGCAGUUGCAACAGGAGUGUCUGCACCUUCAGUCCCGACUGGAUGCAGUGCAGAUUGAAUGUCAGAAAGAGAGAGAGGAGAAGCUGCUGUUACGUGAGCAGCUGUGGCAGAGCGGAGCAGAGCUGCAGCAGCAGGCAGACUUCUGCUCUGGUCUGGGAUCUGCAGCCUGCAGUCUGCUGUGGAGCUGCUCUGCCAAGGAGGACACUGUGGCGCACUGGCUGGUUGAUGGUAAGCUGCAUUCCUUCCUGACCUUAGCUGCUCAGACUCUGGAGAGCUUUGUCAGGUCGCUGGAUGAGGAGAUGAAAACUGAGGACCACAACUCCCAGGAUCACCAGUUUGUGCUGGCUCUGGCUGGAACCAUUACUAAUAUAGCAGCAGUGGCGUGUGGGCGGGACUUCCUGUCCAGCUCGGCUCAUGUCCUACUGGACACUCUGACGAAGCUUCUGGAGCUAAUGAAGCCUGGUGUCUUCCCCAAACUGAAAGUGUUGAUGCUGAUGGCUCUGUAUAAUGUCAGCAUCAGUGUUAAAGGACUGAAGUACAUCAGUGAGAACCCAGGACUCCUGCCUCUCAUCUCGACCCUGCUGGACGAUGGAGACUGGGAGGUUUGUCUCCACUCUCUGCGUCUCCUGCAGUCGGUGUUGUUGGAGGAGGAUGUGCUGCUCCUGUUGGGCUCCUCCCUGCUGGAUCCAGACCUCCGAGCUCGGGUCAGUCGUCUCACCUCCAAGGUGCAACCCAGCCUGAGACUGGCUGCCCAGCAGACCCUGGAGGACCUGAAUGCCCUCCAACAGGGCCGGGGGUGUAAACAGAGCAGCCUCUAAUGUGGAUUCAGUAUGUUCAGCCCAGUCCUCCUCCUCAUGUUGUUUAACUUCCUUUCAUGUCACAUCAGAUCUGUCUGUUUCUGUUUGUAUAAGUGCAAUAUGAGUAUAAGAGCUAUUAUAGCACACAAGGAACAGAUUUUCAUAUCUAAACUUUUAUGACUGUUUUUACUUGCACUGUUGAGCCUUCAGAUUUGUUCUCAUGGUUUGUUACUCACUUAAUGUAAUACAGGUUUGUUCAAGAUACAUUAAAGUUGUGAUGUUUGCACA